AUGUCUGCACCUGAAGAGCCGGGAAUUGUGCGGGUCGUUGGGGAGCCAAAACACUUCAAGCUUGAGACGCUCAGCCGUGAUCUUGAAAAGAUUCAUGGCAAAGGAAAGGCGCGGUGGAAACUGAUACAGGCUCACAAAGCCAAACUCGUCGCAAUUACGAUUGAAACAGAAGAUAUUUCUGCUUUAGCAGAACACUACGAAAGCCUUGGCGUGAUAGUUGAAUGGGAGAAAAAGAAGAAAUGA